UUUUUUAUUUCAAUGAUGACGUGAAAAUGUUGACAUAAUCUGCAGAAGUUCAGGGACAAUGCGGAGGUGCGGUUAAAGUGAUCACCGCGCUGUCCCGGACUGACCGAGCGGGGGGCGGAGCUACUGACGGUCGACAAGAAAUAUCUUCCAAGUUCUGGUCGAACUUCUGAGGCGGACUGGUUCCGCCCAACUUCUCCCAGGUUCAGGCUCCGACAUCUUCCGGCAGAGCCCCAGAGGAAUGAGGAAGUUGGUGGGAGUUGGUGGUCCCCCUGCGGGGACGCCGGGGAUGCUCCGCCCGUAACGGUCCCAUGUUAGCCCGGCUGCUGCUAGCCUCGCUGCAACAGGUCUGCCCCGGUUCUACGAACCGCCCGGUCCAGAUGGAGAGCAGAACCGCCUCCAGGUACUCCUGGAUCGACUUCGCCUUCUCGGUGGUGGGAGUUUGCACCUUCCUGCUGGACUGGGGCUCCGACCUGUGGCUGGCCAAGGAGUUCUACUGCCGGGGAGACUUGUUCUGGUUCGGGUUGCUGCUCGGCCUCAUGGUUCUGUCCUCUGUCGUGGUCCAAAUGUUCAGCUGGUUCUGGUUCCAGUACGACCGGGAGCUGCCGGGCUUCAGCGAGCAGACCGCCGGGACAGGGAGCCUGUUCUGCGAGGACCGAGCCAGACUGUUCUGCCUGUUGCAUGUUCUCCAGCUGGGCUUCCUCUGCAGACACGUGUCGGCCAUCCGUCAGGGCUUCAGGGUGUGGUGGAGGAAGGAGGCGGGGUCAGAGUACGCCGUCUACCUGACGCACGAUCUGAGCAUGCUCCGUCUGAUCGAGACGUUCUGCGAGAGCGCCCCCCAGCUCGUCCUGAUGGUCUACGUCAUGCUGCGCACCAACCGGGCCAGGACCGUCCAGUGUCUGAGUGUGGCUGCCUCCGCUGCCUCUGUGGCCUGGAUGGUGGUGGACUACCACCGCUCUCUGCGCUCCUUCCUGCCAGACAAGGCCGAGCAACGCUGGGGUUCCUCCGUCGUCUACUUCCUGUGGAACCUGCUGCUGAUUGGCCCGCGGGUCGCCGCCCUCGCCCUGUUCUCCUCCGUCCUGCCCGGCUUCAUCGCCCUCCACUUCCUGCUGCUGUGGCCGGCGCUGGUUCUGUGGGCGUGGCGGCAGGACACCGGCUUCAUGGACAGCGCCGGCGGCGAACGGCUGUACCGCGGCACCGUGGGCCUCAUCUGGUACUUCAGCUGGUUCAACGUCGCCGAGGGCCGGACGCUGGGCCGCAGCCUCGUCUACCAUUCCUUCGUCACGGCCGACGUGGCCGUCCUCCUCGCCACCUGGUGGAGCUACAGAGACCCGGUCCAGACGGCGGCAUACGGCGCGGCGCUGCUGCUCGCCCUGCCGCUCUGCUACCUGCUGGGGCUGCUGCUCAAAACGCUCUACUACUGCCGUUUCCACCCCACGCUGCCGCGGCCGCUGGACCGCGACCCCCACGACCUGCCCGACUCCGACGUGGCCUCCAGGGCCCUCCCCGUCCAGGACGGAGCGCCGGCCGCCCCGCUGCUCAACCAGCGCAUGGCCUGCCACGCCGCGCAUUUCUACACCGAUGGGCACCGCGCCGGCGCAUUGGGCGGGGCUACCUGUGGAGUGGGCGGAGCCGGGGCGACUCAUUCCUGAGCACAGCUUCCUGUUCUGCUGCAGCAGCUUCCUUUCAAAGGCCUUGCAGUGGCAGUCGCCCGGGCAACACGAUGUGACGGCCCCAAAGACGAGAAUAUUUCAGAAACGAAUGCAUGAAUGUUUCUGACACGCCAAACGUAGAGCCUUCUCACAUGUGACCCUUCUGAUGCUCACAUAUUAACGAGUAAAAUUCAUUCAUUUACUAUUUCUGAAGUAGAGUUUUGAGUGGGGCACCAACUGCAGCCCAGGUUCCUGAUCCUUCUCAAUCCGGCCCUGUUGGAAACUGGACCGUCUCUUUGGGAAUGUCAGAGCCAGAAGCUACCUCAAGAAGGAUCUCAGGAUGGACCGAACCGGAUCGGACCGCGGCGCCGCGGGUUCCGGUUCUCCGUGUGAAGGAGACGCUCCAGCUGCAGGUCUGGUUGCCAUGGAGACGGGGUGACGACCCCAGCGACCCGCUGAUAGUAAAACCUCAGGUCGUUGGGAUGAAGCGUCUGAAUGACCUCAGUGACGCUGGUUUGUGUUUUUUACAGUCAGUGUUGAAUUAAAUUGAAAUGUUUUACAGUUUCUCCUUCAAGUUUAAGAAAAGGUAAUUAAGAAACUAUUGAAACUGAAUAAAGUUCAAUUACAGAUUGAAGGUUUUUGAUG